UUUUCAUUAGUUACGACGCGCGAUAGCGCUGCUUUUGCUCUUUAAAAGCAAAGCAAACUUGCCUUUGACUGCACUUUUUAAUGCUAUAGUUUAUAAAGAAUAUUGCUACGGAUCUUGAUCAUGACUAAUAAAUAUUCAUGACAAAAUUGGGACUAGAGAAAAAGUCGGGAUAAUCGAGAAAUCCAGAUAAUCGAAGUACGGAUAAUCGAGGUUCGACUGUGUUAUGCUUCUCCCGCCCAUUGAUAUUGGACAGGAAAUGAAAAUCAUCGGAUAAACUGACCAAAGCUAUUUGAGUUGUUUUGUUGCCGAUUAGGUACGAUUAGUCCUUACGUUAUGAUAUUUUCUGUUUCAGCAGGCCUUGCUCCAUCUUCCCAGGCACCGCCCACUAGCAUAGGACCUCCUUCCACUACCCAGCCACCGUCUGGUCCUCCCCCUCAGUAUGCACCACCUGCAGCGCCCGGACCUCCUGCUCCACCGUCAACUCCGCCAGCGGCACCUGCUCUCCCACCGUCCUCUACUUCUGGUGUCUCAUCUCCUGGCUUUUCUCCUCCGGCAUCACCUCCGGCAUCUCCUGCACCGCCUGCUCCUCCCGCUCCUCCUGCUCCACCCGCAACUCCUGCACCUCCUGCUUCUGCUGCUCCACCGGCGCCUCCUCCACCUCCUGCUGCUCCUCCACCUCCUGCUGCUCCUGCUGCUCCUCCUGCUUCUGCUGCUCCACCAGCAAAACCACCAUCAUUCUCUCCAGCUCCCCCUUCUACUGUUCCAGGAUCGCUAUCUCCCCAACGAGGCAAUGGAUCCAUUCACUAUCAUUUUCACUAUCAUCAGUCCAAGACUCCCACUUCUGCAUGUCCAAGCAGUUGCUCCAAUUCGGCGAUGUGCCUUCCUUCCUGUCCCUCUCGCUGUUGUAAGCGAGCUGACUUGGACGAAUACUUUGACGAUGUCGAAGAGGACGCAAUAAAAAAGCGCCAACGGGUAGAACACAGAGAUUACUAACGAUGAUGUACGUUACGA